UCGUUUCUGACUCGCGAGAGCCAGUCUUGAAUUCUGAUUGAAUUAGUCCAGAAGUAAUCGUUCUUCGCUCUUUCGACCUUUUGUUUGAGUGAGACUUCCGGAGAAAUCUAAUCGGAUCUUCUUAUCCACUUGCGGAUGAGACCGGCGGAGUCGAUGUAGGCCCGUUUUCCCUCAAGAGUGAGUUCUGUGUGGGAACGCCAAUCUCAUUGAGAUUCAACUCGGAGGCCGGCUUGUCAUCUGUCCGAAUUCAAAGUGGACAUUGUUCUUGGCUGAAGAAGCCUCGUGAAAUUUUGUGGACGAGAUUUGCAUAGCAAGUCUGGAGCAGAGCUGUCAAACCAAGAUUGCCCGCCACUGCAGUGCUGUUCCUAGUUAGCUCGCCAAAGGAGACGAAAAGUGCGUUCCUUUGUUCCACAUCAUCAAGGAAACGAGACCUCGACAAUGACUGCAGACAAUCUUACCUUGGGAGCCAAUCUCUCGGCCGCCGAAUGGGAGCUCCUGAAGGAUUGCCCUGAAUAUGGCGAGGCCGAGCAGAGGCUCUUGGAUGGUCUGAGUUUCUGGUUAGAGGGCCUGGUCCAAACCACUAUUGCGAUCAGUGGGAUCAUCUUUAACAUCUUCUCUAGCCUCAUCCUGGCCUCGAAAGAUAUGCGGAACUCGUUCAACCUCCUGCUCAUUGCCCUGGGCUGCUUCGAUUGCUUCUACUUAUUUGGCUCGAUUCUUGAGAGCUUCAGGAAGAGCUUCCAUCUGGCAACGAGUGUCCAUACCCUUCUCUUUCCGUACGUUCUCUUCCCGGGUCAGAUGAUCUCCAUGACAGCCUCCGUUUUGAUGACCGUGGCCAUUGCCAUGGAACGAUAUGUGGCAGUCCAUUAUCCACUCGACUACAACCAGUCAAUGAAUGAUGAACAUGCCACCUUACGAAGAGUCUUGAAGUAUGUGGUCCCGGUGUCACUGUUUUCGGUGGUGGUAAAUUUGCCCAAAUUCUUUGAGGCUGAGAUCCAAUGGAUUGACGAUCCACGAACCAAUGAGACCAUUCCAGCCUUGAAAGUGUCGGAUUUGAGGAUCAAUGUUCACUACGUCACCUACUACAAUCAUUACUUCAGGCUCUUGUUUUUGGGAAUCAUUCCAUUUGGACUUCUGGUGUUCUUUAAUACAAAGAUCUACCAAGACAUUCAGGUCCGUCGCAAGAGGAGAUGUCCAAGACCGCCGUCGAGCAAUUCCAACAGUGGAGAUAAGGACCAGCCUGCCACCUCCAAACGCGACGCAUGUCAAGUCCAAAGACGGAAUGUGAACGCCAACCGCAGACGCUACGAGGACAACUUGGCCGUCAUCUUCAUGGGGAUCGUCAUCUUCUUUCUCGUGUCACAUUUCCCCAGGAUAUUCUUGGGGCUUCAUGAGGUGUUUGUGUCCACUCAAGCACGAUUGUGUGGCGAGCAUGGCAAACGAUCCUUCUCUUUGUGGGUCCACGUGUUCGCUUACGUCAGUCAUUUGCUGUUGGUCCUCAAUAGCUCCGUUAACAGUCUCAUCUAUUGCAUUCUCAGCUCGAGAUUUCGACUUCAAGUGGUCCACACAUUGAAUAGUGUGGGUUCCAGGUUCGGGUUCAAGAAGGAUCCAACCCAACGAUCGGCCAUGGUGGCGGCUAAUAACAACGGCGUGGCCAACUCGUUGGGGGUGAUCAACAAUGGAUUAAAAGAGGCCAUCAGUUUGAACGGACUCAAAUCUUCGAAUGGAAUGACCACUGUGGGAGGAAAGACCAUUGACAUUGUCUCACCCGAGGGUAGUCCACUGAUGGAAACUCAAACUACACAAGUAUGAACGAGAGAGCGGAAUACUAUGAAGAAGAAACUCAAUUGUAGCUCAACUGUGAUGAUGUGGUGUUCAAUAUCAGAGAGCGUUAAACCAGAAACCAAAGUUAUUAUAUCAUACCGAGCAAGGACGUUCUAGUUCUAGUGAGAGUUCAUGUGACAAGUUGUGUUGUUCCCUUUGUAUGCAAUGUCGAGUGAGUGUUUUUGAUUAGAAUGAAUCCACUCUUGCUCAAGAUGAAGCUGUGAAAUCCGUGACGAGUUGGAACAAAUGGAACUGUACAGUCGAAAUGCGAAGACUCCUCCGCGGAAUCAAACCUCUCGGAUACUCCUCAUUAAACCAAAGACCGAGAGUAGCGACAAAGGAGUGCCAAAUUGUUGUAAGGGCAUAUUUUUCGCCGGCCAAAAUCAAUUUCAUGUGUUAAGAUAUCAAUAUGUGUCCUCCUUGCAUGUUCGUUUUUCAAUAGAGUACUCUCAAUUUCCUGGAGCACAUUCUUACCUGAACUUAGUCUCACACUCACAACCAACAAGUCAAUUGAUUAUUAUGUGGGUGUCUGUCUGUACGUAUGUCAUACAAAUUGAAAUACAUAGGUUCAGCUUGAUG